AUGCGCUGGCAAGUUUUAAACGCCGUUGCGGCAACGCUACUUACUAGCACAGCAACUGCCAGCUACGUCCACGAUCAGGGUCUCCCUGUAGAGAAGACCGUCACCCUCGCGGAUGGACAGGUCAUUGAUUGGAUCAAGCGAGAGAUACAAGGAGAGAUUGCACACCCUCCAGCUUCCCUGAACCACGGCGCGGCUUUCAAAAAGCUCGAGCUUGACCCUUUCAACUCGACCACCCGAGGACCUGCAGGCACAGUACCCAUUCCGCGCAGCGACGGCAAGCUCCCCAAGACCAAGGUGGCCCCUCCACACAACGUCAACCGCCUCGCCGCUCGCCAGUAUGCAAACCAGCACUGGUACUCUUCCUCUUCCCAGUCGGCCAAUAGCCACGGAUCCUCUGCCGCGCUGAGCAUGUUCAAAGCCUACGUCGCCAACAGCAACGACUUUUCGCUGCUCCAGACCGCCGUGGCCCACCUCGACGUCCCCAACGUUGGCAUCCAGACCGUCGAGGCCGGCUGGAUCAACUACCCGGCGCAGGUGGCCAACCCGCACCUCUUCACCUUUUUCACGACCAACGCGUACCAGAGCUACGGCGACGGCGUGUCGGGCUGGAACACCGAGUACCGCGGCUGGGUGCAGUACGACAGCUCGUACUACCCGGGCAUGGAGCUGGCGCCGCUGUCCGUCGUCGGCGGCGACCAGCACCAGCUGCAGGUCCAGUACAAGCUCGACAGCGGCAACUGGUGGCUCGCCGUCAACGGCAAGUGGGUGGGCUACUACCCGGCGAGCAUGUUUGUGACGCAGGGCAACGGCGCGGCCGCAACGCUCGCCGACCACGCCAACGCCAUUGACUGGUACGGCGAGAUCUACCAGUCCGAGGGCCCCAUGACGACGACGGACAUGGGCAGCGGCCACUUUGCGAACGAGGGCUACGGAAACGCGGCGUACAUCCGCAACAUUCUCAUCACGGGCACCGACGACAACGACAGCGACUACGACGGCAGCCGGGGCGUGGUCGUCAGCGACGCCAACCGCUACACAAUCGAUACGCACUUCAAGUCCGGAACGACUUGGGGCAGCUACUUCUUCCUCGGUGGUCCUGGAGCUGGUGGUGUUAUUGGUGGAUGA